AUGGUAAAAGAGGUAGAAACCGUUACGUAUACAUCCUUUCCAAACAUAGCUGAAUGUGACAAGGAUGAAUCACUUGUGCGCUAUUUGCAACGAAAAGCACGUACAAGUCGACGUCGAGUAUUUGAAUCAGUUAUAUUGAAAGAAGCUACACCGUUUUAUCCGCAUCAUACAAUGAUGAAAAUGCCACAGGUAGAUUUCGAUGCAUUAUGCAACAUUCUAAGAAGCUUCAAAGCUGGUAAACGUUCAUGGUUUCGGGGUUUGAUUGACAAUAAAACGCAACAAGAAGAAAUAAUGGACCAAUUAAGAAAAUUGCGUGCACCUUUGGUGGAUCAAGAUAAGAAGAAAGAGACAGCUGUUGAUAAAAACGCUAAAAAAUAA